AUGCCUUCCGCCACAGCUCCUGAGCGGCACUUGCCCGCUAAACACAACCCCAUGAUGAUGGAGGAUGUGCCGGCCUACAACGAUCUCGUCGCGCGCCGUCGCCUCGGUCAGACCCAGCUGACGGCCAAGAUGGUGAACCUUGCCGAAGGUGACGGUGCAGCUCUGGGCGUUUUCGACUACGCUCAUCUCCGCGCGCCGCUGCCCAAGGGAAUCGUCUCCGGCAUCUUCAAAUCCAGCCCCAACAGCUACUUCCUCAUGCGCCGGAGCCACGACGGCUUCGUCUCGGCCACCGGCAUGUUCAAGGCCACCUUCCCUUACGCCGAGGCCGCCGAGGAAGAAGCCGAGCGCAAGUAUAUCAAGUCGCUUGCCACCACCAGCCCCGAGGAGACGGCCGGCAACGUUUGGGUUCCUCCCGAACACGCCCUGGUUCUUGCCGACGAGUAUGGCAUCGCCACUUGGAUCCGAGCUCUGCUGGAUCCUGCCAGCAUUGCCGUCUCCAACACCCCCGAUAGUCCUCCCAAGAAGAUCGCUGCCCCUCCGAAAUUCGACCUCUUCAGGGCUCACCCCCAGCUCGCGCCUCCCACCCCUACUUCUCUGCCCCGCAGCACCCGAUCUCGCCGCUCUGCAAGCCCGGCCAAGACGACGAUUCCCAGACCGGUCAGGUCCCCCCGAAAGCGCAAGGCCAAGGCCGAAUCGGUUGAACCAAGGGAAUCGACGCCGACCCUCGGCACCGCGACCAAGCUCGAGGUGAAUGGUGUCAUUGACGAGGACCAGGAUGCCGAGGCCGAAGUGAAGCAGACCGUCAGGACCAUCAAGAUGGAGCCCGCCGUUGUCUUGGAGCCCAGGGAGGAGGACCCUAAGGCCAAGGUGGUCGUCGACCAAGACGUCAAGACCGAAGAGGACGGAAACGAGACGAAGCACACUGCCGUAUCACUAGAGCUUCCCCUGCUGAGCUCGGCACCUCCGACUGCCGAAGAGACUGCGCGCAUGAUUGCCGAGGCCAAGCGGAUGGUGGAGGCUGCUGCGGUCAAGUUGGAGGACGGUGUGAACAGCCCUAAAGCCAAGAAGGGCAAACGUGGGGCGGAAGACAUCUCCAAGGGAGACGACGAAGAUGAGGAGAAGGACGCGGCGGCUGAUUCUGCGGACGAGCCACGCGCGAAGAAGGCCAAGACGGCCGAGGUUCAGGUCAAGAAGCUGCGCGUGCGGAAUCGGGCUCUGUUCGGCCUGAGCGCCGUGUCACUCGCUGUUGGGUAUGCGUUUUCCUUCCUGCGUCACGUUUGA